AAAAGCAGCCGCCGAGAGGUGAUUGUAUGCCAUUGACGACAACCAAGCACCGUCUUUGAACUUGGCCUCUUCACGUAUAUAUGAGGGCUCAUCCGCGAGCAAAAGCGCACAAACGCUGCUUCUGCUUCCAUCGAAAAGCCGAUUACCAUCGUUGACAAGGAUGCCGAUGCUCAGGCUAAGCCUCUUUGUUUUAUUGGGAUGGGCAGGACCCUUUCUGGCCCGUGGCUCAAGUAAUGGCCCUGCCGGUCAAGCACUCAAAAUGGUGUCGGUACCACUGGACAACUACAACAAUCUCACAUACAUCACAAAGCUCAUGCUAGGUACGCCACCGCAGAAAUUCUUGGUCAUGCUUGAUUCGGCGGGUACAACGUGGGUUCCUGCCUACUACUGCACGCAAGCGGAGCCCUGCUUUGAACACAAGAUGUAUGACUGGAGCAAGUCGACGACGCAGAGCAGUGACUGGGAAGACGGUGCCACACCCUUUGGAAGGGGCAACGUAACCGGCUACGUAUUUCGGGAUGCUCAUGAGCUCGGCGGCGUGUCCCUCGGAAAUCUUCAGUUUGUGAAUGGAAUAGGCUUCCCCGGGGUGCCCAGCUUCGUGGACAAGCCCUUCGACGGCGUCUUCGGGCUGCGUCUCGGCGCAAACUCUACGCUUUACGAAAUGGCUAAAUCGGGUGUAAUCGGCAGUCCAAAGGUGGGACUUUAUUUUAGCAACGACAUGACCACUCCAGGGGAAGCCCUCUUCGGAGGUGCAAAUGAGCAGCACUACCAAGGUUCAAUGACCUUCAUGGAUGCUCUCGACAGUGCCUUUAAGGUUCAUCUAAAUGGAUAUGAAGUGGCUGGUCAGAGAGAAAGGCUACGAGCAUCGUGGGCUCGGCCGGCUCCAACGGAGCCCUUCAUUGGAGGACCCGCGAGCGAAAUAAAGAAAAUCAACACACUGCUUGGUGCCAGGAAGAUCGAGGAUGGAAAAUACCAACUGCAGUACGAGCUCCACUGCAACGCCAGGACUUCCGACUUUACGUUCAUAUUUGGCGGACAAGAGAUCGUCCUGGGGCCAGAAGACUACGUGGUGAAGGUGGAGACAACAACUGAAACUACAUGUUACAGCGGCUUCGUUGAAGCGGAAGCGGUAGCGAAUGCCAGUUGGCACUUAGGUCUUGUAUUCCUCAGACGAGUCUACACCGUGCUCGAGGCGCCGCUAGAGCCCUCUGGUAAUGGACGAGUGGGUUUUGCCAUCGCGAAAUAAAUUUCUCAGCUUGCCACUCGGAACAUUUUAGCUAAAUACCGAAUCUACAAAACUUCUCUUUUGUAUGUUUUUGCUACGGUUGUCUGGAGUGCUCUGCUAAUAAUAUUUCUAACAUAAAGAUCAGCUUACAUCUUCCUGUUGUGAAUGUCUUACAGCAAAGAAUUCUUUGUCAAUAGCUGCCUGGAGGAUGAUUGCAGUGUGCUGUUACUUGCUGUUAAGUGACAAGUAGCAUUUUUAAAGAUUUGUUAUAGUGGCUUUGGCCUAAAAGACUGUGAAUUAAACUUCAUCUAGUAGCGACAAGUCGGGAUUUCGCUGGAAAGAAUAAAGUCUGAUUAAGAAUAA